UACAGAAAAUUUACGGAAAACAUUAUCCGGGAGGACGGGGGGAGAGAGGGGUAAAAUACGGUAGUUUUCCGGUCAAAACGGGAGAAUUGACCGGUAUCCCGGUGAGAUUACACCUCAGUCCAGCAGGUGGCGGUAAUGCGCUGAGAUUGCAGUCUGCCAAAAAACAAACCCAGAAGAAGAAGAGCGGUGUUGCGUGGGUUUGUUUGUAGUCGCGCACGCGGUGGAGGAGCGCGUGAGCCCCGUGUAAUAGCCAGAAUGCCGGUAGAUACGAAGCGCGUGCGCGGACCGGAGGAGUCUCAGUGCCCGCUGCUGUUUCUGCCCCCCGCCGCGCAGACCGCGGAGCCCCGGGAGCCGCGCGCGGGCCGCGGGAACGGAGAGGUGCGGCCGGUGUUCGCGCGCUGCGGUCUCGUGAGCCAGGCGAAGGGCUCGAGCUACCUGGAAGCGGGGAACACUAAGAUCCUGUGCUCGGUUUACGGGCCGCGCGAGCCGGAGCGGCGGGACGAGGCCGGGGUGCGGAGCGGCCGCCUGCUGUGCGACCUGCGGCUCGCGCCGUUCUCCUGCGGGAAGCGCGGCGCGUGGAUCCAGGGCAGCGGGGAGCGGGACCUGUCGCUCGCGCUCUCCGAGAGCCUGCACCCCGCCGUGUGCCUGCACCGGUACCCGCGCGCGCAGAUCGAGGUGAACGUGAUGGUUCUGGAGAAUGACGGCUCGGUUCUGGCGCACGCGGUGACCUGCGCCUCCAUGGCGCUCGCGGACGCCGGUAUCGAGAUGUACGACGUGGUCCUGGGCUCCGCGCUGCGGCAGGACGGCGGCGCGAGCCUGGUGGACCCGGACCUCGCGGAGGAGCGGGGCAACUGGCUCGCGGGCUACGAAGAGAACCGGGGCGGCGUGACGCUCGCGCUCCUGCCCAACCUGAACCAGGUGUCGGGACUGCACGCGGACGGGGAGCUGCGCGCGGACACGCUGAGCGCCGCCGUGCGCACGUGCAUGGAGAGCUGCCAUAAACUGUAUCCGGUGGUGCAGCAGGCCAUCCUGCGGGCCGUGAAGAGAAAAGCCCCGCCCCCUGAGAAAUAAUUCGUAUAUACCAUAAUAAACCUGUUUACACUGCAGGGUCGGAACCGGUUUAUGCAUCACAUGACUGGCGGCAGCAAUUCUUGUUGUUCACACUGUGAACCAAUAGAAAUGCUUCAAAUAACUUUAAAUAAAAUGUUUUUUUUUUUUUUUUUAAACAUUCCCUUCCACUGAAAGUUGUUUUGGAGAUACGAGUUUUCUGUGUGAGAAUAGUGAGGAUGCACCGAAUCAAAAAUAGUUUGAAUCAAAAAUGGUUUAUUAUGUUUGUAUUUUAUAUCACUAGAAAAUAGUUUUUACAUUUAUGUAAAAGCUGUGUAACAAUAAAAUACUUAAAAAAUA